AUGAAGUUUUCACCAAAUCCAAGUUUCAUUUCUUUAAAUUGCAAUCAAGGAGCUGUCAGAAAAGUGUUGUAUAACGCCGAAGGUGAAUAUUGUCUCACUUGCGGAAGCAACAAAACCAUCAAACUAUGGAACCCCAAGAAAAAGCUACUUCUCCAAACGUACAGCGGACAUGGUGCCGAAGUAAUGGAUGCCGACUGUUCUUGUGAUAGUAGUCAAAUUGUUUCCGGAAGUCAGGAUAAAACAGUAAUAAUUUGGGACGUCUCAACUGGAGCACCGGUGCGUCGGUAUCGAGCUCACAUAGGGACGGUUAACUGUGUUUGCUUCAACGAAGACUCAUCAGUAUUUAUCUCCGGUUCGUUGGACGGUACAGUCAAAAUUUAUGAUGCCAAAGGUCAUUCAAGAGAACCGAUUCAAAUAUUAGACGAAGCAAAAGACAGCAUCUCAAUGGUCGCUGUUAAUGAUCACGAGAUUGCUUCCGUUUCGCUCGAUAACCAUGUCAGAAGAUACGAUAUCCGCAAGGGCGUGAUGGAAGCCGACUGCUUAUACUGUCCACUGACGUAUUUGAAGUUCACCAAUGACGAUCAAUGUAUCUUAGUGAGCUGCCAAAAUAGUAGCAUAAAGUUACUUGACAAAAGUUCUGGAAGCAUUUUAGCUGAGUUCAAAGGCCAUAUAAACAAAAAGUAUAGAAUUGACAAUGGCCUCCUGUGUAACGAUUCAUAUGUUGUGUCCGGCUCUGAGGAUGGCAACAUUUAUAUUUGGUCGCUUUUAGAGGGAAAAGUGGAGCACCGCCUGAAACACAGCCACAAUGUCGUUCAUACGCUUUGUAUUCAUCCAUCUAAUUUAGAGUUACUGUCAGCUGCUGACAAUACACUCUACCUAUGGAACCUUGAAGGUGAGGGUGAACAAUUUGAAGAAUAA